AUCUCUUGAUGUUUUGAUUUUUAAAACCAAUUGAAUAUCUUUGUCCGUGUCUGUACUGCACUACCGUUGCAAUUUCUUAAGGUUGGUAUUUUUCUCCCCAAUUUCUUUUUGCAGGUCUCCGAUUGCUAUUCUAUUUUAUCAAUUUGGUUUUAAUGUCUUUGUUUGAACUCAAUGAUACAAUUCUUACAAUCUACAUGUUUGAUUAGCUAAAAAUUGCAACCCUAAUCAACAAAAGCGCGAUAAGAUAAGAUGUCAGCAUAUGACAAUGUGGUUGGUGGUAAGCUGAAACUAAAAGGAAAAGCAUUGGAUGUGAAGACCGGUGGCAUAAAGAAGAAGAAGAAACAAAAGAAAUCGUAUGAAGAAGUUUCAGAAAUAAAAGAUGAGAAGAUAGAUGGUGGAAAUGCAGAAUUAUCAAUUGAUAUCAAUGAAGACAACAACAAUGAAUCAAGUAAAUCAACCGGGAAAGGUAAGGCCCCAAACUUUGCUGAUCAUCUAACGCCAGCUGAAAAACGAUAUAUUGAGCAGAGAGAGCAGCUUGACGUCCACAAGUAUUCAAAAAUGUCCAAGAAUUCUCACCGUGACCGUCUAGAUGACUUCAAUCAGUAUCUAGCCAACUUGAGUGAGCAUUAUGACAUUCCUAAAGUUGGCCCUGGCUAAGUUUUUUCAGCACGUUCAAUGUGGUUGAAUGUUUGAAAUAUGUUUAUUUCAAGCGUUCACUCACAAUCCUCUUGUUAACUAGAGCUUGCAGCUCUGUACACUAAACCUUGUCUGAAUUUUCACUCAAUUUCAACAACAGGUUUCUUUCAAUUUCGCUUUAAAUGUCAACCACACAUGUUAUAGAGAUUUAAUCAAUUGGUUUGACCAGCUGAUUUUGAACUUACUGUUUCUAAUAACUUAUUCAUUAAAAUAAGUUGUUUUAAACAACUAUUUACCAAACACUAGCAUUAGAUAGCUUGACAACCUAAUCCUUUAUUUGUACAAAAUAAGCUAUAUUAUUCAAUAAGUUAUUUUACGGAAUCCCCAUUUUGACUUGUUUCCUUGAAGCUUUAUUCCCUCACAUGCGGGUGGGGGACCUAUAAAUGGAUAGAUGAUGCUGAUAAUAGCUGUGUAAUCUAGGGAUUUCCGAUAGUUUAUGAUUAAGAACAAUGGAUAGUGGGGUCAUCUCGUUGACAGUAAGUACUAUAUUUUCAGGUAAUAUUGAAUUUAAUUCUUAUUGAUCCCACUCUCCAAGCUAUCUAUCCUAUAACCUAAAAAAAUAGAAAAAUUUAAGAAUAAUGAUUUGGAAAGCUUGGUAAUGAUGGUGGGUGGAAAGGAAUUACUUCUAUGACAAAAGAGAAGGGGGGAGAUAAUAAUUUGGAGGCUGGAAACGAGGAACAGUAUGAAGGUGACAAUCUGUUGGUUGUCGGAAGCUAAGUUAAGAAUUUUGGGAUGGAUGACAAAUAUGCAUUAUAUUAUUAAACAAAUUCCAAUCUUUUUAUAAAAUAUAAAUGGCACACUUAGCAUAGUAGCAUCAUCAUCAAAAAGAAUAGUUAUUGACAUGCCAUUGUGUUUAACACGCACAAUACAAAGUGGGUUAGCUACACUUAUAAGGCUACUCCCACAUAAAGAUUACUUAGGGUGAAAUAUGUGUUAAUAUUUGGUAAAAAUGUUAGUUAUGAGAGAAAUGUGAUUAUGAGUUAACACAAAAUAUGAGUGAUAACUGAUAAGUGUGUAGAUGAGAAAUAAGUGUCUUACAAAAAUUAUUGAUAUUUAAUUUAUGAUGUAAUAUUCUUUGAGUUUACUAAGUGUAUCCAAAAUUUCUAUCUUAAUGGUGUAGCUGACAAGCUCGAAACCAUAUAAUAAAUACUCUUAUGUCUUUUUGAAAUUGCUCCUUGGUUCCAAUGAGGUUUACACACAAAUUAAGAAAUGAUAGAAAGUGAAUAUUUUAAUACAAUCUAUAAACAUCGUCACCCUUUUCAUUUUAUCGCCACUUCUAUUUUAAUGAAUUUACGAUUUUGCCCUUUAACUUAAAAUUUAUUAUAUAUACUCCAACCUCACUAAAUAACAUCCUUAUCAUUCCUAAAACAUUAAAUUACAACAUAAAAUUUGUGGAUCAAAAGCUAAGAAAUUCAAACCGCA